AUGGCACUGUCAAAUAGCACCAUUUCGCAGACCUACAAUCGGCUAUUUGUAGAACUGGCCGAUCCUCGAACGAACGACUGGUUUCUCAUCACAAGUCCAGUACCGGGUUUGACAAUUCUCGGACUGUACUUGUACUUCACGUUAAACUGGGGGCCACGCUUCAUGGCAGACAAGAAACCCUUUCAAUUGCAGAAGACUUUGAUAAUAUAUAAUUUCAUACAAAUUAUAGUUAGCUGUUGGUUGUUUUACGAGGGCCUUGAUGCCGGUUGGUUGAGAUCGUACAGUUGGAAAUGUCAGCCAGUUGAUUUUUCAAGAUCACCUGAAGCGAUGAGAGUAGCUAGAGGAGUCUAUAUUUACUUCCUGGCAAAGAUGUCAGAGCUUCUCGAUACAGUUUUUUUCGUUAUCAGAAAGAAAAAUAAGCAGAUCACCUUUCUGCAUAUGUAUCACCAUACUGUUAUGCCGAUGAUCUCAUGGGGCGCUACCAAAUAUUAUCCAGGAGGUCACGGGACUUUGAUCGGUGUAAUCAAUUCGUUCGUCCAUAUUAUCAUGUACACAUAUUAUAUGUUAUCUGCAAUGGGCCCACAGUAUCAGAAGUUCUUGUUUUGGAAGCGACACAUUACCACCUUGCAAAUGCUACAGUUUUGUAUCACCUUCAUUCACUCAUCUCAACUGCUAUUCUACGAUUGUGGAUAUCCUCGCUGGUCCGUUGUUUUCACUUUGCCGAAUUCCAUCUUCUUCUACUAUCUGUUCUAUGAUUUCUACUACAAGGCUUAUGGUAAACCCGAAGAUAGGAAACCAAUGAAACAUGAAAUCAAGAACGGCAGCUGUGAUCAAGAAUAUUCAUUGAUAAAUGGUGUAACUAAUAGUCAAAUAAUUGAUAAGAAUUACGGAGUUUUCGAAAGAAACGGUGCAGCAGCUAAAAAUAAAGAGAAAAAGAACGAAUGA